AUGAUUGGAGCUACCACUACCUCACUGCCAGUGCUUCAACUACAUUCUCAUCGUUAUACUCGCUGGCCCGAAGCUGUUCCGAUUCCUGACGCUACGGCCGCCACGGUUGCUGCCGCACUGAACUCAACGUGGAUAUCCCGUUUUGGCGCGCCCUCUGUCAUAACAACCGACAGGGGACGUCAAUAUGAGUCCAACCUCUUCAGGGCCUUCACCAACGUCUUAGGCGCCAAGCGCAUUCGCGCAACGGCCUAUCACCUCGCCUCCAAUGGGCUCGUCGAGAGGCUCCACCGACAGAUCAAGGUUGCCUUGCGGGCCUCCCAUGACAUCCCUUGGCCCGAGACUCCUCCCGUCGCUCUCCUCAGAAUUCGACGACCACAAAGCGAACCUCGGUGUAGCGCUGCGGAGCUAGUCUACGGGAUCACUCUUCGUCUUGCUGGAGAACUGCUGUCAUGCCCGCAAGACCGCGUUCCCGACACCACCACAGAUUACCUUUCGCGCUUGCGCAACGUUAUGGCCUCUCUCCAACCCGUGCCAACCCGCCUACCGAACACCCCCGCCACCUACCGCCAUCAAGACCUGGAGACGUGCUCACACAUCUUCGUACGUUGUGACGCCGUAAAGAAACCGCUCCAGCCACCUUACUUCCGUAACUCCCCUUAUUUCCCGUAA